UUCUUCUUCUUCGUCUUGUUCGCGAGAGGAGCAUCAUUCCUCCCCUUUCCUCUCCUCGGCGGCCAUGAGCGGCUCCGGCCUGGAGUGAAAGCGAUGGCCGCCGCGGCGCCUCCAUCCGAGGCGGACCCCCCUCCUCCUCCGCCGCCUCCUCCGCCGGAGAAGAAGCGCCUGCAGCGGGCGCCCUCGCCGGCCCGGCCCAAGGAGGUGCCCGGGUGGUCGCUGGCCAAGACCCGCCGCGGCUCCCCGGCCGCCUUCUCCGGCAGGCUGGGCUCCGCGCGGCGGGCGGCGGGCUCCAAGGAAGGCCGCGGGGACAAGAAGGGCAGGGCGGUGUCGGGAGCGGCGGCGGCGGCCCCGUCGGGGGCGGCGCGGGGCGGCGGGAAGGCGAGGGCCAAAGGGAGGAGCCGGCUGGCCAUGGCCGCCGCCGAGGGGGGCUCUUCUCGCCCGCCGCCGCCGCCGCCCAGCCUGUCCGACAGCAGCUCCGAGGGCUCCGACUGCAGCGGCUGCGAGGAGGCCAAGCUGCGCUCGCUGCUGAAGCGGGGAGCAGGAGGCGGCGGCGGCGGCGGAGACAGCCCCGAGGCCCCGCCGCCCAGCGCCUCCCCGCCGCCCGAGGACUGCUCCUCCUCGCUGGCCAGCAGCCGCCUGCCCCUCAGCGCCUCGCUCGCCUUCUCCGACCUCACCGAGGAGAUGCUCGACGCCGGCGCCGCCCGGGAGAUGGAGGAGCUGCGCGCUGAGAACGACUACCUCAAGGAUGAGAUUGAAGAACUACGUGCCGAGAUGCUGGAGAUGAGAGACGUCUAUAUGGAGGAAGAUGUCUAUCAACUACAGGAACUCCGGCAGCAAUUGGAUCAGGCCAGUAAGACCUGCCGCAUCUUGCAGUACCGUCUCCGCAAGGCAGAGCGACGCAGUCUCCGUGUGGCACAGACUGGCCAGGUGGAUGGAGAGCUCAUCCACAGUCUUGAACAAGAUGUCAAGGUAGCAAAAGACGUCUCUGUACGACUCCAUAAUGAACUUGAGGCAGUGGAGAAAAAGCGGAUUAAGCUUGAGGAGGAGAAUGAAGACUUGCGCCAACGACUCAUUGAGAGUGAGUUAGCUAAGCAGGUUCUUCAGAAUGAAAUGGACAAGUUGAGGGAGAAUUCUUUGAAGAAAAGAGGAUCACGUUCCCUUGGGAAGGCAGACAAAAAGCCAUCCACCCAGGAGGACAAUGCAGAUCUCAAGUGUCAAUUGCAUUUUGCAAAGGAGGAGUCUGCUCUGAUGUGCAAGAAGCUGACAAAGUUAGCCAAAGAGAAUGACAGUAUGAAGGAAGAGCUGACAAAAUAUCAUUCCUUGUAUGGGGACCUGGAAAGCUCUCUCUCCAUAGAAGAAUUGGCUGAUUCCCCACAUUCCCGAGAAGCAGAGCUGAAGGUUCACCUGAAGCUUGUAGAAGAAGAAGCAAACAUUUUGAGUCGAAGGAUAGUGGAGCUUGAGGUUGAAAACCGAGGGCUAAGAGCCGAGAUGGAUGACAUGAAAGGGCAAGGAGACAAAGAACUUUUAGGCCAAGAUGUCCAGUUUGCCUUUUCUAUGGCAAAUUGUGGGGAAUCUGGGGACAGUGUGGGUGAACUCAGGCGGCAUUUGCAAUUUGUAGAGGAGGAGGCAGAUCUGCUGAGGCGCUCACUGAUGGAGUUAGAGGACCAGAAUAAGCUCCUCAUGAAUGAGCUCAAUAAGUACAAGUCAGACCAUGACUUGGAUAUUACUCUAUCUGAGGACAGCUGCUCAGUGAUCAGUGAGACCUCACAGGAAGAACUGGCUACUGCCAAGGUCCAAAUCAAUGAGCUAAGUGGAAAGGUGAAAAAGUUGCAAUAUGAAAACCGCGUCCUGCUCUCUAACCUGCAGCGCUGUGACCUUGCCUCUUGCCAGACCACACGUCCCAUGUUGGAGACAGAUGCUGAGGCAGGUGAUUCUGCCCAGUGCAUCCCAACUUCACUUUGGAGAGAGAUGCCCAUUGGAGGAGAGAAUGAUGCUAAGGAGAGAGUGCCUGGCAAUGGGUUUAGCAAAUCCCAUGAAAGCAGCCCCAUCCGAUUUUGCCGGUCUAAGGACUUUGAGACCCUCCUUGACAUCAGGGACCAAGCUGCCCUUGUCAGCAAAGCCAUUGAUGUCCUCAUAUCAGAUGCCAAUGGCUUUACCUCUAGCCUCAAACUGUGCAUGGACAAUGAUUGUGCAGAGCUAGUGCUGAACGAGGCCAUGGAUAAUGAAAGCACCACUGAUUCUAAGUUGAUCAAUGCCAUUUUGAUGAGGCUUGGAGUUCUUCAGCAGGAGCUAAACACUUUUAUGAGGAAGGUGGACUAUAUUGGAGAUUGCAUGAAGGACCAGAAAGAAUCUCAACCAAGCCACAGUUCCCAGGAUUCUACAAAAGAAACUCUAUGGAAAGGGCAUGGCUCUGAAAUCCAGCAGUCUGACUUUAGGGAGACCCCGGAUUGGGAUGUUGGGGAGAGCAGGCCCGCCGAUCUGUACCGCAGUAGCAACAGCAGCAACACCACCAUCAUCGAUGUAGAUCCCAACGUGGAACUUGACCGGAGUUACAAGUCAUAUCAAACAGAUGACAAGGACUCUUAUGUCACUGAGAUCAAGGAGUUGCAACUGGUCCUUUCAGAGGCCAAUGAGAGCUUGAGGGGGCAACAGGAACAGCUCUCCCAGGAGAGGCAACUGAGGAAAGAGGAAGCAGAGAACUUCACCCAGAAAAUUUGCCAGCUGAAAGAAGAUCACCAGAAAGCUCUCCUGAGGCGAGAAUUUGAGCUGCAGAGCCUAAACCUUCAGAGGAGGCUGGAGCAAAAGUUUUGGAGCCAGGAGAAAAAUCUUCUGGUAAAAGAAUCCCAGCAAUUUAAGCAGAAUUUCUUGCUUCUUUUCAUGAAACUGAAAUGGUUUCUGAAGCAUUGGAGGCAGGGGAAGAUUCUACAGAAUGAAGGCAAUGACUUCUUGGAGGUGAAUAGCAUGAAAGAACUCUACCUGCUGAUUGAAGAGGAGGAGUUGAACCCCCAACAGCAAGCAGAUAACAAGACAUGUUCCAGAGAUACCUGGUCUCAGAACACGCCCAAUGAGUAUAUUAAGACUCUGUCAGAUAUGAAGGUGAUCUUGAAAGAGCUGUGCACAGAGCUGCGGGAAGAAAGGAGGGGAAUGAAUGAGUUGCAACAGCAGUUUGCCAAGGCCAAAGCUACCUGGGAGAUGGAGAGAACUGAACUUAAGUGUCUCAUUACACAGCUGGAAUCCAAGACUGGGAAAAGCCUGACAGAGCGUGCACCCUCUGACUGGAAAUCAGUUCUGAAGAGGGAGCGAGAGGAGCAUCAGCACCUUCUGGCUGAGUCAUACAGUGCUGUCAUGGACUUGACUAAGCAGUUGCAGAUCAGUGAGAAGAACUGGGACCAGGAAAAGCUGGAGCUCUUGGGCCAUUUCAAAGAUGAACAGCAGCAAACGGAGCAACAAGUGCGGGAACUGCAGAACAAAAUCAACCAGCUGCAGAAAGGAACUGACCGAUGGGCUCUGAAAAACUCUGAAAUGGAGAAGCACAGCAGUAACUGGAAAGAGACUCUCAAUGAGAAAAUCACUGACAAAGAAACUGUUUCCGAAGUUGACAUUAAAGCAAGUAACUUAAAAAGGACAAAGUCAGUUUCCUCAAUGUCUGAAUUUGAAAGCUUGCUUGAGUGUUCUCCUUACCUUCCUGGCAAAACCAGUCCUGACAAUGCUCGCAGCAAAAAGGGCCCUACAGCUACCCAGGCAUUGCCUGACACAUUAAAGGACUCUACAGGACUCAUGCCUCAAAACUGUGCCUAUGUGAAUAGUGAGCGACCUUCCUCUGAGACAUUGAACACAAAGAAGAUAGAUGUCUCAGCAUGUGACUGUACUCGGACAAGCAGCUUCUCUUUGCAGGACCAGACCCAGAAGCAUAUACAGAGGAGCCAUACAGCCCCAGAUAAGACUGGAAUCCGAAUAUACUAUAGUCCCCCAGUGGUACGCAGACUGGAGCCACCCUUGGUCCACAAUAGAGAGGGGAAGAUCAUGGUUGAGCCUGGUUUCCUAUUCACAAUGGCCAAGCCUAAGGAAGAGUCAAAUAGCUCAGAGAGCAUAUACAGCCAGUGGCUUUGCAAUUUUUCUAAGCAGCGUCGAGAGCUGCUGGACAAUGAUACUGUGAGUGAGAAAGUGGUGCCCCCUGUCCCCAGAUUUCCACCAUCCUUGCAUGACCUUGAAAUCUCUGGCAACAUGAGUGAUGACAUGAAGGAGAUCACCAACUGUGUCCGGCAAGCUAUCCGUUCCAGCUCUCUGGAGAGGAAGAUUAAGAGCACUUCUAGCCAGACAGUGGGAUUAACUAGUGUUGGUACACAGACUAUCCAGAUGGUUAGCAUUGGUUUGCAGACGGACAUGCCCAGAGGCAGCAUCCACAGCAGCAAGAGCUGGUCCCCAAGAAGCUCUUCUCUUAUGUCUGUGCGUAGCAAGCAGAUCUCGACAUCUUUAGACAAAGUCCACUCUAGGAUUGAACGGCCUUGCUGUUCCCCUAAAUAUGGUUCCCCCAAACUCUCAAGAAGAUCAUCUUCUAAGCUGGAUAAUUCCAAGGACCGAAGUCUUUGGAACCUCCAUCAAAGUAAGCAAAAUGGGUCUGCCUGGGCUCGGUCUACCACAACUAGAGACAGCCCAGUUCUCAGCAACAUCAAUGAUGGCCUGUCCAGCUUAUUCAAUGUAGUAGAACAUUCUGGGAGCACUGAAUCCAUUUGGAAGCCAGGAUGUCAGGAAAGCAAAGCAAAGCCAGAGGCACCUAAAUAUGGAAUUGUCCAAGAGUUUUUCCGGAAUGUGUGUGGCAGAACUCAAAGCCCCACAUUGAUUCCCGAGAAGAAAGACCUGGUUAUUGUAGAAAACAGCAGCAAGAAACCAGAUCAUUCCUCCACAGCUGUGCUCCAGCAGUUUGAAAGCACCUCUAAGCUCCUUGACAAAAAACCCUUGAAGCAGAGCUGCAGUGAGGAACCAAAGCUGUCCAUUCCAAUUCAAGGUGGCAAGGACAGAGCCUUAAAAGAGCCAGACGUCAUCUCUCCUACUAUUGCCAAUGAGGACAUUGCCUGUGACUGCAGCUCCCAGUCACUGACCUCCUGCUUUGCUCGGCCAUCGCGAUCUGCCGUCCGCCACUCCCCUUCCAAAUGCAAGUUACACCCACCUGAUGCCAGUCGGAUGGAAGAGAAAGCAGGGUCCUCGAGUGAGUGAGAAGUUGCAUUUAACCGCUGUCCUGGUGGAAGAGCAACUCUGCCCUGGAGCUUCCAGUCCCUCCAGCACCUGAAGGACUGGCUACGUCUGAGCCCAUCCCAGCUGGGAGGCUCUGCUCUUAGAUACUCAGAGCAGUACCAUGCAGCAGCUCUGGUCUUAUCUUAGCUCAGCAAGGAUAGCUGCAACACAGAAGCUGUGCUGUGUAGCCAGGGGACAGAAUGGGAGUCUUGUUGUGGAGGUGUGGUUUCUUUUCACUGGAAACCUUUCUGUCCCUUUGCCCACCUUCCAUGGGAACAUGAUCUCCAAGAGCUGCCAGAGUCUAGUGAAGUGGUCUGUGCUGUUUUCAUGGCAUUGGGUGUGUGCGCGCGCAUAUGUGUGAGUGAAUGAGUGUUUUACAGUAUGAGGAGAUUCAUCUCUCUCUCCUUUUUAACAAGCAUUGUAGAGGCAUCAGGGAGUGCAAUGAUGUUGCUUGGCCCUGCCUUCCUGCCUUGGUCCGAGGGAAAGAGCUGCACCAGGGAGCAUUAGAAACCCCAGAAGAAUAGCUUUACUCAAUGAUCUCCCACUCCCCAGUGAGGCACUCACACUAUUGUACAUAGGGAGGGAGGGGGAAAAGAUUGGGGUGGGAGGGUGUUAUCAAAUCUAAGGAAGCAUCACCAUGAUAUGGGCUCCAUAGACUGUCCUGUACAAGUCAUCUGGAAAUAGACUGAUUUUCUUCUGUAACCAUGUUUGCAUGGACAGCAUUCCUCUGAUGUGUCCUCUCUGCUCUGAGCUUACAUACUGCCUCACUGAAUCGGCCUGUGGGGGUGAUAUCAGCUAUAGUGUCAGCUCUUGAUAAAACAAGGUCAUUAUAUUGUGCUAGAAUUUCUAUCAGUCUGCUGCAGGAGGCAACAGCCGUGCUUGCAUGACCUGUGUUAUCUUCUCAACAACUUGCAAUAGUGUGUUGUCAAACUUGCAUUAAACUUCCCAUUGUUACCAAAAGGCAUAAAUAGGGCACUUUUUAGGGCACUAAUGUCAUCUCCAUAGUUUGGAAUACUUGCUGUUUUGUUGUAAAAGCCAGGGUGCUGUUGAAGUUAGUGAGGUCAUGGAGCAGAAAUGCAAAUUGCUUCAUGUUGCUGAACCUAGUCUCAUUUCCACUUCUCCCUGGCUCUUAUACAACAUAGCUAUGCUUAAGGAGAGUCACAUAUGUUUGUUUGUUUUUUUAAAAAAAACCUGAGAACCUCAGAAACAUAGUGACCAACAUGUAUCUGAAUAAAAAAGGAUUAUUUUCAGGGGGAAAUGGCAGCAUCAACAAGCACAGGUCCAGAGCUUUGCAAAGCCUCUUUUUAAAAUUCCUAGCCACCAUAGUUAGUAUCUCUGGAGUAAAAAUAUCAGGAGGAUAGUGAAUAGUUAGAAGAGGUGUUAUCUUACUAGAACUGAACAUUCCAUGUUCCUGGGUGAUUGGUGUACCAGCUCCACAUUUCAGGACAGUGUUUCUCUUAUGUCAUGCUUGCCUGUUGCAGCUUGUGCUCUGUUAGUUCUAACCAGCAUAGCCAAUAGGAAUGAUGUGAGCUAUAGGAAAACACUGUCUACCCUUAGUUUAGGGAAUGAUUGUCUGGGAACAGUGGGAAGUCAUUUGCUCACAUCAGCAACAUACACUGCCUGUUGUGUAUAUUUUCACCAUUGGGUAAAACACAAGCCAGACUAAAGACUAGCUGUUGUCUUCUCCACAAUAUUUCUCCAGGUAUUUAAAGCUGACCAUUAUCUUCUCCUCUCAGUCUUCUUCAAGCUCAACGUACUAAGCUCCCUAAGGCAUUCUUCAGAGGAUUUAAUUUUGAGACUUUUUAUCAUGUUUUUUGCCCUCUUUUGUACAUGUUCCAGCUUGUGAAUAUCUUUCUUAACUUCAAAUGUCCAAAACUGGACAAAAAACUGUCAUUUUUUUCCUUGAAAACUUUGUGACAUUCUUACAGUUGAAAAGACCAUAGAAUUAAAAGAGAAACCUAAAUUCUUCAGCAAGUUAAAAUGAACUUUACAACAUGAAUUUUGAAUAGUGCUAAAUAUAUUUGCUUAUUUUGCAAAUAUAUUAUGUUAUUUUAUUAUGUUAUUUCUGGUCAUGGCAGGGGUACAGAAUGGCAAGACACUUGAAUUAUUAUUGUUUGUUGUUCUUGUCGUCUUGCCAUUUCUCACAAGCAAGAUUAUUUAGGAAGACCUGCAGCUUUGUAUGUACUGUACUUCUUCAAAAAUAAUCUACCCCCGUGCUUAAUUAUGUAAGAAAACAUGCAUAGAGUUGCAGCUGAAGGGAGAUAGAAAAAGACAUGGAGAAAUUUUAGUUCAUGCCUGUAGCAUUUCUAGCCUAGAAUUCUCUGACCUGAAUUAAAAAUAAGACAAGCAAAUUGGGUCGAGAUAUUCUCACUCUGCUUACUUUAGCUUGGUUGUUAUUAGGUACAGUAGAGUCUCACUUAUCCAACAUAAACGGGCCAGCAGAAUGUUGGAUAAGCGAAUAUCUUGGAUAAUAAGGAAGGAUUAAGGAAAAGCCUAUUAAACAUCAAAUUAGGUUAUGAUUUUACAAAUUAAGCACCAAAACAUCAUUUGUUAUACAACAAAUUUGACAGAAAAAGUAGUUCAAUACUCAGUGAUGUUAUGUUGUAAUUACUGUAUUUACGAAUUUAGCACCAAAAUAUCAUGAUGUAUUGAAAACAUUGACUACAAAAAUGCGUUGGAUAAUCCAGACCGUUGGAUAAGUGAGACUCUACUGUAUAUUUAUAUCUUGCCUUUCUUCCAGUGAAUUGAAAGCAGCAUAUAUGGUUGCCCUCCCCACUCCCAUUUUCACCACAGCUCUGUGAGGUGGGUCAAAGUGGUCUGGGGUUACAAAAUGAGUCUCAAAUGACUUUCAGAUAUUUUUAAAGGGAGAUUUCUGGGAAACACCCCCCCCCCCAGCCUAGCUUUUGUUAGACAUUUGAAACAGUUCUACAAAACAAAAGCUUCACAACAGAUUAUCAAGCCUGCUCCUCUUCCUUGGAAUCUUCAGAAUGUAUUAGCCAUAAGGUUAAGAUGAAGCCUUGAGAUUGCUAAUUGAAAACAUCUCUCUCUCUCUCUUUAUGCAGUCAGAGGCUAUGUUGAGACCAAGAAGUAGGCUAAUCAAUCUAAAUUUAGAUCCUUGAUCUCUGUCAGAGGAGUUUCCUGAAAUACUGAAACUCUAAAUUUGAAGGUAGGGAGGCAGGUAUCAGAGAUAAAAAUACUGCCUAGAUUAUGGGAUUGCAGGUAUAGUGCUGCUGUCCUUUUAUGACAGUCUAUGGCUAUAUGCUCAAUUAAUUUGAACAAAGUAGGAGCUGCAAAAUCUUAUGAACAAAACGUGCCCAUUGCCUUCUGAUUAACAUCAGUAAAUUCAAUUCUGCUGGAUAUGGGUAGUUAUGCCAAAUAAACGUGUUUUGUUUAAUGGAGGAGAGCAAGAGAUGACAGCAUCAUAUUUCUAGGAAUCUGUUAAGAGUCAGUUCCUUUGUUACUUUCAUUGCAUUCAAUUGCAGAAGCCCACAGGCCUUACACAUCUGUAAUUCAAUUGCAGAGAAUAGGAACCCUGGGCAUUAUUCCUCCUGCAGGCAAGCAUAUUUAAAGAGAAAUAACUGCCUAUUCUUGAAGGGCUGGAAAUCAAAAUCAGAAUAAUGUACAACCAAUGGGAAACAGUAGGGAGCUGCAAUAAGCACAUUGGCAAACUACAGUCUAAGAUUGCUAUGGGGUUAUUGGGAUUCAGCAUUCAGGGUAAUAGACUCACAAGAUACUCAGUGUGGCCUGUUUAGCUUUAAUCCCAGUGAAUUUCUACAUCUUGUCCUCAAGUAACUGAGCUGUUUUGUUUUGGCAGGCCAGCAAAUCUGUGCAAAUUUCACACCUGUGGCCUUGUACUUAAUCAAUACCCACUGUAUGAGUGUUUCAGUUGCCACUAGCAAACAAGUGGUUUGUAGCAACUAGGCUGUACUGCCUCCACCAAGCGCCUUACUUUGCCAGGGAAACAGAGAUACUCUUCCUGUUGUCUGCCAUGUACAGAGCCAGGUAGAGGCUGGGCUUGCUCUCAUGGAAGAACAGAAUGCAAAACAGAUCCUGGCAGCUUUUAUUGCUCCCCAGCUCAGGGCUGGACAGCUUUUCUGGGUCAGCCCCUUUCUAUUUCUUGCAUGAGCUUGUAAAAACAGGGUGGGCAGGGAUUGGGGAUAAACAUGCUUGCUAACUCUUGAUGUAAAUACUUCCUUUUGGGAUGGUUUUUAGCAUUUUCAUUGGGAACUUUUUUUAAAGAGUCUUCUAUGUUUUGGAUUGUGUGUGAGUUUUGUUUUUCAUUGUUUACAAAUGCCUUUUAAUUAUUUGUAUAUUCUUACAGUUUGUCUUACUCUGUAAAUAACUUAUGUUGGAUAUUUCUGAGAAUGGAGUUUAUGGGACAUUUUGUUAUUAACACAUAGCAAUGCUGUGCCUCUGACAAGGUAUCCUGCACCAUCCUCUUUGCCAGCAAUGCUCCAAUCACUGAUGGGUCUCAGUCUGCGCAGCAAGUGGGCUUUGUGACGUGAGAUGUGGACUGUGUGCAUUCUACAGCUUUUUCAUAGAAUGCUUUGGAAGAUCAUGCUCUGAACAAAAACUAGGAUGUGAUGAGCAUUUUCCCCACAAGGCUGGUGAUUUGAAACAAAAUUAAAAAUAGUUCUACCAAAUUUCAACAUGAGCUAAUUCAGCUGCUAAGCUUUCCACCUACACAAAAGGCCCUAAGUCAGUCAUGACCUAUUUUCUAUUUCCCUAGUCUAUAAGGAAGGCCUCCUGUCUCUGAAGGUGCUAAUCUUUCUCCAUUCCUGUGCAUCCCAUACAGCUCUCAGACUGCAACUUUUAUCACACAAGAGAGUACUGUAAAAUCCAACAUCCCAUACAUACAACUUCUGUACAUGGUUUGUUCAGUUCCUGCCAAAGUCAACCUGUCCAAUAUCCAUUCCUUAUUUAUCAUGAUUCUGGCAGGCAUAUAUCUGGGGGCAGGGGCUGGUGAUAAGGAGUCCCAAGUACUCAUUUCAAACUAAGGUAUGUGUAACAAAGCCACAGUGAGUUUAUUCUUACAAAAAGGAACCUCUACAAGGUGGAAUUUUGAGCAUGGAAGGACAUGAGAGAUACUUAGUCCUUUUUGUAUCAGAUGACAUCCCCUGAUGUAAGGUGGGGUAUAAAUAUUUUAAUAAAUACUUUCUAGCUCA